GGGGCUGGCUGAAGGCAGAGGUUGGCUGUUGGACAGAAAGGCAACGGACAGAUGCUCCUCACCAUGCACAGCAGAGACUUCUCCAUAGAGACCAGUCAGGCAUGAGAUACUGGAGGCUAAAGCGGCUGGACAGUGGAUGAACUGACUAGACUGGACAAUGGUCAGAGCACACGUAGGAAAUCAGAGUAGUGAUCCUCAGUAUUUAAGGAGAGUUACAGCAGCCUUGGAGUAGCACUAGGCAGUAAGAGCUGGAGUCGGAGCAGUCUGUUCUCUACGAGUCUAUAGUAAGCCCAGUUACACUAAAAGGGGACAUCACCUGUUGCAGUGUGGGUCUAGGGUAACUUUGAUGUGUGUUAUACGCUGUGGAACACUGAGACAUAGAGAUGACUGGAGCCCUCCUGUCUGGGCUUCUGCUCUGUUGCAUAGUGUUGCUGUGUGAAUGUGAGCCAACACAGCCGGGGCCAGACAAAGGAGCGAUGGACUCAGGCGAGGGCAGUCUGGUCCAUCAAACAUCAGACUGGGUGUUCCAGCUGGUCAACGUAUCCCUGGACCUCUCCCAGGCAGAGAGCUUCUGCAGCGGCCAGUUCAGCUCCCUCACCACCCUGGGACAGCCUGAAGACGAGGAGGGAACCCUGGAGCUCCAGAGGCGGGCAGGCCUGCAUGGACCCAUGUGGGUCAGGGACCCCAACAGACCAACGAGCAGGCCUCUGGCACUAGCCAAACAGUACAUGCUCUUCCAAGCCCUGAACUUUCCCAGGGAUUCUCAGGAGGGCUACGGUCGUGUCAACAUGAUGUUCCCGGCCCUGCCAGCGGUGAGCAUGUGUGUCCGCGUGCAGUGGGAUCCCCAGUGGGACCAGGUGUCCACCAUGUACUCCUAUGCCGCACCUGUCUUCACCAAUGAGUUCCAGCUGCGCGGGCAGGUGGACAGAACAGGACGCAUACUGCUGGCCCUCAUUGUCCAUGGGCAGCACCUCCCCUACAAGGCCUCCUUCCUCAACGAUGGGGCCUGGCACCACCUCUGUGUUACCUGGCGCAAGGCUGACGGCCACUGGGCUAUCUAUGUGGACGGGGAGAGAGGGGCCAUGGGCUCCAGGACUGACACCACCAGGGACAUACAUGGAGAGGGCAUACUUAUCCUGGGGCAGGACCAGGACUCAUUUGGAGGGAACUUCACUGAACCCUUCGUAGGGAAUAUCACAGAUCUGAAUGUCUGGGACACAUCCUUGGAGCAGAGGCAGUUCCGUGCCCUGGACGGCUGCUCACCUUUGACCCAGCAAGCUAUCUUUACCUGGAGUAUUGAUAAUAUGACCCGUCACCCAGUGGUAAGAGAGGUGUCAGCCAAUCUGUUCUGCCCAGGGGUCCACAGGCAGAGGGAGAUGCAGGGAUGCAGGGCUCUAGAGGGCUGGUCUAGACAACAGCUCCCCUUGUACAGCUCUGCAGACUGCUCCACCACACUCCCCUUCGUCUGCAGGACCAGCAGGGAGCGCUAUGUUAAGAUGAAGGGGUUGAGUGAGUUUCAGAGCUCCCAUCCCAGUCCCUUCAUGAACCACCUCAUGCAGCUCUCCAAUGGAACACAGGGUGUGGAGGGUGUGAUUGGGGAGCAGUCAGGGGACCAGAUGAGCUGGGGUCAGGUGUCCAGUCUGCUCAACAUGUCCAGGCAGGCCCUUGAAGACACCAAGGAGGGGCUGCAGCCUGGAGACAUGCUGUCCCUGGUCCAACUGCUGGUGCGGGCUGCAGACGUGCCCACAGACAUGGCCACGGAGGGGAACCACAGCCGGGCCACCAACAGCGCUGGGGAGCUCAGCCACACCUUCAUCACUGUGGCUGACAGAAUCAUCAGCCAGGACAACGUCCCCAAGUGGCAGGCCAUCAAACAGGUGGUGAGUGGACCGAUGACUGUGGUCAAGAGUAUUGACCGCAUGGUGACCAGUCUGAGCACUCGGCUGAUGGCAGAAACCGACCAUCUGCUCAUUCACAGCUCCAGCAUCAAGCUGGAGGUCCAGCAGCAGAGUCUGGGAGAGAAAUCUAGUGGGUCUAAGUUCUGUGGUCCAGUGGUGGACAGCGUCACCAACAUAGACUGCAUCUCAGUCCCCACACAGAACAUGCAGGAUCUCCAUGACAACGGCUUCCAGAUAGUGACUGUGGUGAACACGUGGUACAGUUCCCUGCGGCCUCUCUUCAACUCAGAGGAGAACAUCACCAUGUUUCCCAUCGUCACCGAUGGCAUCCAGCGGUACCUGGGCACCAUCCUGGGCUCUUCUGUCAUCUCUACUACAGUCCUGGGUGACGGACAGCCUGUCAGCAUGGCUGUACGCUUCCAGCUCCAACACAGAGCUCAGAAUCCUGUAGGGACCGUAUAUGACCCAGUCUGUGCAUUCUGGGAUUUUGAUCUGAUGCCAGAGGCAGGGGGGUGGUGGUCUACUAGAGGAUGUGAGGUCAUCUCUAAACAAUACGACUCCACUGUCUGCUUCUGCAACCACACCACCAACUUUGCCCUGCUGAUGCAAGUCUAUGAAGUCCAGAGGAGUCCAGAGAAUGAAAAAGCCCUCCAGGUGAUGACGUUCAUUGGCUGUGGAGUGUCUCUGUGUGGCCUACUCUUCACCUUCAUCCUCUUCAUUGCUGUGGGAGUUCCUAAGUCUGACCGCACCACUGUCCAUAAGAACCUGAUCGUGGCUCUGGGAAUAGCUGAGCUGCUGCUAAUGUGCAGUGACUGGGCCUCUGCUAACGAGGGGGUGUGUCUGGUGGUGACAGCCCUGCUGCACUUUUUCUUCAUGGCCUCCUUCUCCUGGAUGCUGGUGGAGGGGCUGCUGCUGUGGAGUAAGGUGGUGUCUGUCAACAUCAGCGAGGACCGCAGGAUGAAGAUGUACUAUUCCAUCGGCUGGGGUCUACCUGUUGUGAUUGUUGGUGCAACCUUGACGAUAUCCUUGGACAAGUACAAAGCAGACAAUCACUGCUGGCUCAAUGUGGAGACUGAUAUGAUUUGGGCUUUUGUGGGACCUGUUCUAUUUAUCUUGGUCGUCAAUGCAGUGGUGCUUUGCCGGGUAGUCAUAGUGACAGUGUCCAGCGCUCGUCGUCGCGCAAAGAUGCUCACUCCCAGUUCAGCAUCUAAACUCCAUACCUUCGACCUGACCUGGGCUGUGACACGACCAGUCCUUAUUCUACUGCCGGUGCUGGGCCUUACCUGGCUGUGUGGAGUCCUGGUGCACCUAUCCAUGAUGGUGGCCUAUGUGUUCAUCGCUCUCAAUGCUUUCCAGGGCCUGUACAUAUUCCUGGUGUAUGCGGUUUACAAUAGUGAGGUGAGAAAUGCCAUAAAGAGGAUCAAAGAGAAGAGGAAAGCCUUGUCUUUCACGAACUGUUCCCAGCCAAUCAACUUUCUGCCGUCCCAGAGGGGUACAGCCCAGACGUGGACCCACUGUCUGCCACCUCCCUCCAGCCCAGAGACCAGCGACAUCUCAGGCCCCGGCAGCACCACUUCCACAUCACUGGUCAUCAAGAGUGGUAGGAGAGGCUGGCCAGAGUGGGAGAGUUUUGGAAAAGAAAGUAGUUUCUCCUUGAAACCAGCAUCAGGAAACCAGGUGGUUCAACUGACUGCUUUCAAGCCCUCAGGCUGCUGAUGGAAUGUUUGGAAUUGGACACAAAAUCACAUUUAUUAUAUAACCUGGUGGGAAGAAAGCGGAAUUGCACAGUGAAUACCACAAACAGAUACACACAAGAGAUGCAUCCACUCUCAUACAAAUAUUGUAGAUGAUGUAAAUAGACACACACUCAAAUACUGCACAUAUAGAAUACACACACACACACACGUACACAUACACCCCACAUACAGAAUGAAAGACUCAAAGAUGUGCACACACACACACACACACACACACACAGAGCGUGUGAAGCAGGAAGCGUUUUUUUAGGGCGACAGCUCCUCCUCCACCACAGUGUCCCAUUCCCAGGGUCAGGAACCAUCUGCUGUUUAGGAAAUGGCUGUUCCAGAGAGGCAACACAACAUUUGUCGUGUGCAUAUCACACCUUCAGUCUUUUUUUUACAGUUUUUACAUCUUUUUGUGUAUGUGUACUUUUUGUUUUUACAGACAUAACUAGACAGUAGACGUUACUGUUUUUACAGACAUAACUAGACAGUAGACGUUACUGUUUUUACAGACAUAACUAGACAGUAGACGUUACUGUUUUUACAGACAUAACUAGACAGUAGACGUUACUGUUUUUACAGACAUAACUAGACAGUAGACGUUACUGUUUUUACAGACAUAACUACACAGUAGACGUUACUGUUUUUACAGACAUAACUAGACAGCAGACGUUACUGUUUUUACAGACAUAACUAGAAAGUAGACGUUACUGUUUUUACAGACAUAACUAGACAGUAGACAUGACUGUUUUUACAGACAUAACUAGACAGUAGACGUUACUGUUUUUACAGACAUAACUAGACAGCAGAUAUGACUGUUUUUACAGACAUAACUAAACAGUAGACCUCACUGUAAGCAUUGGAAACUUUGAAUCUUGGGUUAAAGGCUUAUACUACUGUAAGAUAUUAUAUGACCAGACAACAAGAUUGUGUUGUCAGUGUGAAAACGUGGAUAGUAGGAUGACAGAUCCUCUCAUAGAUCAACAGCAUUAUAUAGUAGAGAUAUGCUGCUAACUCACUGUGCACUGUCUGGGCAGCUCAUAAAGAGACUUCAUGAGGCAUAUCACCUGUUGUCCACCUACAGUACUUUAACACCAACCAACCACUAUGUGUAUUGGAGGCUGUGCUAGCUGCAGCUUGGCUAUCUCCCCAAGCCUUUCCUCCCUCCCCUGCCCUGGCCUAUCCUGCCUUAUAACAAGCAACAGCAAUCUUGGCCUCUCCCUAUCUCCACUGCAGGAAGGUGCACUCUGCACCGAAACACAUUAUUCACUACAGCUCAAAUGAUCGCAUGAAACUGUUUAUUGUCCCAAUAGAAGAAUAUGCUGGGGCAAAUAUAAUGUACAUUAUUGUCUGAUAUAAUUGUAUUUCUAUACAUAUAUCGGUAUGAGAUGGGGGAAGGUUAUUGUUAGGACAUAGACAAACACACUACCACACACUUCCACACCUCAUCCCCAGGGGGCAGCAGCAACCUGGUUCAAAUGCUUAGCCAGGAAGUCUUGUGGGGCCUUAUUAAGUGUUGAUUGGGCACAGGUGCAAGGAAGCGGGAUUGAGACAGCUAUUAGAGCCGUUAGGCUGAUGUUUUUUCUUGGUAACCAUGAGCCCUUGGUUUUGUUUAAAAUCUUUUGCUUGGGCGUGUUUUUAGUUUUUUGCAUAUAUUUAUUUUUGUCACCUCUGAACAAUCAAAAAUCUGCUUGGACUGGCUAACCAAGAGGUCACGAAGGAGCUGGCCUUAGACCUAGGGUAAGGUUGCUGUCUUCUGGGUACAUGUACAUACAACACAGUCCUUAUACGCGGAUUUCUCACAUCGAUGCACAUCUUAAAUCAGGUUAUAGACCAUGUAACUAGGACUAAGACCCCUAGACUUAGAGAGUGCAACAAUAUUAGCAGGCUAGUUCAUCGAUUUUGUAACAAUACAUUGUAAGAUUUGUAUGAAAAUUAUAGCUUUUCCAAAGCCCUUAUACUUUGUUCCUUAAAUGUAUUGUUUAAUUACUGUUAAUGGCCUCCAAUAUUUGCGCUCUUUGUAGCCAUUGGCUGAAAUGUACAUUUACAUAUGUAUUUGUGAAGUACCACUGACUUGUCAGCCCAAAACCAUAGUCUUUCACAUUAAUAUGAAUUGCGUUGUCAUGACUCAUAAAUUGCUACCACUAUCCUGGAUAGCCUCCAGAGUAUUUGAAAAGAAUGUAUUAUGUAUAUAUGACCCCAAUGGUCAUUGAACAACAGCGGGAUGGUUCAAAAGAAAGGGACAGAACAUAAGUAGCGCUUUACUUAAUUGCAUUUAUUGAUUUGAUGCUAUUACAAUAAAAUAUAUUUAAAGAAAA